AGGGAGGGGCGCGGCGCCGCCCCCCGCGGCCGGGUGCCUUCGCGCCCCGGUCGGGCCGGAGGCUCGGGUCUUCUUCUCUCCGUUCUGGAGUUUUUCCACGCGUCGCGAGCGUGUGGCUCCAAGACGGCCUCGGAGGCCCGGAUGGUCCAGAAGCUCCUCCUCCUCCUUCCCCUCCUCCUCAGUCUCUUCCUCCGAUUUCUCCUCCUCUUCCUCCUCCUCCUCCUCCGCCUCCUCCUCCGAGGUACAAGACUGCCCGAGGGUGGCCCAGGACUGCCGCGAACACCAAUCCCCACUGCGACUUCAGACACCAAGGCGUGCUCAUCCAAGCCAAGGGUUCGAUCUUCUGGACACGAUGCUCGCCGUUGCCCGGCUUCUGGUCUGGGCCGCGGCGCUGCGGCUGCAUGUCGGCGUCCUCGGGUACGACAAGGUCCUGCCCCUGCACUCCGUUGGCUCGCCUCCGGACUGACCUCAGGAAGCUCGCGACCGAGUGGUACCUGGGCGGCGCCGUGACCCCCACCGCUGACACGCUAGUCAUCAGCCCCGGCAUCCCCGGCCGCAUAGGCAUGAUGUGGAGCAUGUAUCCGAUCCUCACGGCCGACUUCGAGGUCCAGAUGACCUUCAAGGCCCGCCCGCUUGGGGCAGAGCCCACCGGCUUCGCGUUCUGGUACGUGUACGAGAACGCCACGGCCGCCCAGGCGGAGGUGGUCGAUGGGCAUGCGCAGAACCAGCAGGAGAUUAUAGACACCAGCUGGUUCGAGCACGUCCGAUCGAAAGGCUUCGGGCUCUUUGGCUAUAGGAAUGCGUUCGACGGCCUCGGGGUGUUUUUCGACGCAAGCAAGGACAGCCCUCAGCCUUCCGUGACGGCCCUGGCGAGCAGCGGCGAAGCACUGCCCGUCCUGCCAAAGGAUUGCCCCUCCUGCUUGAAGUUCGAUUGGCGUACGAACAGUGAUAUCGUAGUGAAAGUUCGGGUUCAGCCUUCUGGUGCAAAGGUCGAGGUCGUUGGUGGGGUCUCGACAGAGGUCACGAAGGAGUUCAAGGCCGGGGGCCACAUCGGCUUUACCUUCCAGAGCGGCGACCCGUCCGCGGGCUUCCGCCCCGAGCAGCGGUCCACCUUCGUCGAGCUGAAGAGCCUGCAGGUGACGAACUUCGACGCGGCCGCGAGCGGCGAGGA